AUGCCACCGGAUGUCGACAACAAAGCUCUUGCUCGCCAGAAGAGAAGACGCACCAGCAAGGAAGACGAAGACGUGUUGAAAUCGGAAUAUCUCAAGAACCCGAAGCCAGACAAGGCAGCACGAUUAGAGAUCGUCCGCAAAGUCGCGCUUGGCGAGAAAGAAGUUCAGAUUUGGUUUCAAAAUAAACGCCAAAACGACCGCCGUCGCUCACGGCCUCUCGAACCAUCUUCCACGGCAUCGCUGAUGUCUUCUUCUUCCACCAUGUCGGACCCGCCCACCGAGGACGAGACGGUAGCCAUUGCGCGCAAUAUCGAUAACGCGCCGGCGGACGAGUGCCCGAGGUCUGACCCACCCGAGCAGCCCGCAACGCCAGAACUCACUUCCGACGAAACGAUCCCAGAACCACGCACCAUCGACACUACCUUUUCUGCCAACGAACCAGAAAACGCGAACGAAGUUGUCGCAGAGCCAUCUACCGAAACUCAAAAUACCGAAAAUGCCUCCGCUGAAAUAAGCAACUCGCAGCAGGCUGCACCAUCUUCACAGGGCGCCGCGCAACAACGCACAUCAUGGAUCUCCAACCGUCGCAGCGCGUCGUUCGUCCGCUAUCUCGACGAUUACACGCCCGAAGUCAUCACCUUUCCGAACGCCCCUCCGAAGCCUUCAGUAUCACCUGACCAUGCAACCAAGACCCCUUCCCGGCCACUGAAGCGCAAGCACUCUUUCGUGCGGAUAGCGACCAAUGAGGACGGCACUGCGCGUAUCGUCACCGACCUCGACAAGACGCCAUCACCGCCAAAGUCGAAGAAGACUCCAUCUUCCUUCUCCCGUGCCGCUGCUGGCCUGCGACGAAGCUACAGUGCAGCUGGCUUGAACGACCGCCUAGCCGCCGCCGCGCGAGGCGAGCCGAGCCCCAAGGUACCAAGGACAACAUCGAAUAUCGGAAGGAGCAGGGAUUCGCGUGCAUGGGAGUUCUGGUGUGAUCCCGAGAGCCGAUCAACAACCAGCCUGACAACGCGUGCCGAACAAGAGGAGAGUGGCAGUGCAGCUGACGCGAUUGGCAUACUACGCGCGAACCGAAGGAUAUUAGCACAGAACCAGGCCCGCCAAAACAGCAGCCCGCUGAUGGCACGCCACAGCUCACAUAAAGUACAAAGCAGUCCACUCAAGAAGGCUCGCGGCUCCAUGCAACGCGCGUCCACCAUCAGCGGCCGCUUCUCCAGCAAGGACUAUGCCGACUACAAGAAGGGCGGUGAAAGCACCGAGUCGGACGAGUUCCCGCAAACGGAGAGCGAUAAGGAGAACUGGGAGCCUAACGCGUCCAAGUCUGUACGAAGAGACCGCCAAGUCGCCGCUACGCCUCCUGCUUCACGAGCAGCUCGCAAGAUACUGGGAGAGAACACAGAUCUGAUGUCGCAGACGUCAAGUCUCGGUGCCAUGCUGGCCAAGGACAAGCGGAAAGCUGGCAAGGGUGUUGUCGACCCCGAGCAAGACGAUGAGCUGCGACAGUUCAUGCACGGUGACGACGCGAGUGGUCGCUCGAGUAUAAACUCAGCAGAAGAAGCCGGGUGCGUAGAGGGCCUGCUCAAGCUGAGCCAGGGUCAGUGGAAAUGA